AUGCACAGAAGCUUGUCUGUGCUCCUCCUGGUCGUGCCUCUCGUGUGGAGCUACGUUGCACCAGAAAACAAAGAGGACGUGUUCGCUCAGACGGCCUGUCCGGGGUUUCUCACCUUCAAGAGCGCAGCCUACGUUUCAGGGACCACCGUGGAGCUGCCCUGCCUCUGCAAACCCAAGGAGGUGCUGUCUGUGGUCUGGUACUUCGCAAAGCACGUAUCCAACUCAGAGCAGGAUGAGUACCAGCCGGUGAAGGUGAUGGCGGCCAGCUCUCUCCCUCACAGAGCAGAGGGAGAGACGCACUUCUCCAUCCGCCUCUUCAGCCUGCUCCUCUUCAGCAGCAGCUCGGCCGACUCCGGACUCUAUGUCUGCGGCUCCAAACAGCGAGACUUCUUCUACGCGUAUGACCUGGACAUACAGGAGGCACACAAAAUCACCUUCACUGACAGCCCUAAGAAAAGGAAGCCCCGUCAGUCCGACCCUGCUUCUCUGUACAGAACCUUCACCAGUUUCCAGCCCUGGUCUGUGUGUGACCGCUGUGGACGUUCUGCAGAGCAGGUGCGGGUGGGACUCUGCUACGUGCUCUCCUCUUACCUCCACGUGAGAUACCGAGGAGCCAAUCAGAACGUCAGCUCCUGCGGCUCGAAGGCGGUGCUGAAGGUGUUUGGACCAAUUGAGAACGAGGGCGCGGUGCUGGAGGUCAGGAAGUGUGAGGAGGCCUGCCCCACACAAGCCCCUGCUCCCUCCAAAGUGGCAUCACUCAUGGCUUUCCUGGGAUACGGUUCAUCUCAUCCUGAAGUGGUCACUGUGUAUUACCUGAAGCACCGGGCGGAGACCGCGCUGACCAUGGGCUGUCCAGGGGCCAAACCCACCAUGGCGGUGGCCUGGGACAAAGAGGAAGCUCCUAUCCUCAGGACAGAGCACACAGCGCCCCCUGGAGGAGCCAGCCCCCGCAUCAGCAUCGACACAGGACACCAUCUGGUCUUCAACCCUGUGCAGACACAAGACUCAGGAGUGUACUACUGCUGGCUGCAGGGGCGACGGGCGGCUCAGAUCCGCCUGCUGGUGUAUUCCGGUUUGGGACAGGGUCAUGGCCAUUUCCAGUCGGUGCUGUCUGAUCCAGAGCUCCUGCCCGCUGUGCAGUGGAUGCUCCGGUGCUGGGCCUGGAUGACACUGGCGUUUAUAAUCGUCAUCGUCAUCAAGGCGGGGAUCGAGGGUGUGAUAGAACAUCAGGUGAAACAUCAGGAUUAG